AUGAAACAAAACUUUGAUUUGAUGAAUUUAUUACCAAACUCUUUGCUUUUCAUCAUCAUUUCACUCAUUCCAUUCAAAGAAGCUGCAAGGACAUCCAUCCUUUCCAAACGUUGGAUGAACUUGUGGAAACACUCCACCAACAUUGAGUUCAACGAACACUAUUUUUCUAGAUCUUGUGAAACGGGCUAUAGUCAAAGAAUAAUUCAAAGAAUGGAUUUUGUUAAAUUCAUUCUAUUAUGGAUUGAAAACAAUAAAGACAAUUUCUUUAUUGAAAAAUUUGCUUUAAAAUUGUUAGAUUUUGAUCGUGAAUUUGAUCGUAAGAUCAUCGAAACAUGUGUUGCUUUUGCUACUCAAAAAGAUGUUAAAGAUUUGGUGCUAGAUUUUUCUAAUCCUAAUUGGGUGGUAGAAGAUUUUGAGAAAAUUGAAGCAUUGUAUGAAUUGCCCACAAAGGUAUAUGAUCAUAAAUCCCUAAGAUCUCUCAAAUUGAUUUCUUGUAGUUUUGUUGAAACCGAGUUGAUUAAAUUGAGUGCUCUCAAACAAGUUUAUUUCGCUUGGAUGGAAUUGAAAAGUGAUGCUAUCGAAUUAUUAUUAUCCAACUGCAAGAUGAUAGAGAGUUUAACCAUGAAAAAAUGUUGGAUAAGUACUAAAUUUGAAUGUUGUGGAAGUUACAUGAGUUUGAAAAGGAUUAUUGUUGAUAGAUGCAAGUUUGUUUAUGCCGGAUUGGCCAUCAAUGCUCCUAACUUAAACUAUUUCGAGUAUUAUGGAAAGGUAAUCUAUUUUCAAAUGAAAAACUCCUUGCAUAUGGAAGAGGCUGAUCUUAACCUUGGCCAUGAAUACGAAUUUCCUGAAAACGAUGGUUUAAUUUAUAACAUGGUUGCUGAUUUCAAACAUGUCAAGGUUCUCACUAUCUGCAGUUACACUCUUCAGGUUUUAUGCAAUGAGUUGGGACCCAUGCUCAAAGAAGACGAGAUGAAUACUCGACAUUUGAAAUUAAAGACAAAUUUGCAUAACGAUGAAUGUCAAGGAGUUACGUUCUUGCUCAAUAGUUGUCCUUUCUUGGAGCAUCUUACUAUUGACUUAGGGUUUGGAAGAUUUUUUGAUAGUGCUUCAAAAAAAUAUUACUCCUCUAAAGUUAAUGGUGAUAAACCAAGAAGCUGGAUAGAGUAUCUAAACAUUUUUCCAAGCUUGACAUCAACUUUGAAGAUGGUAGAGAUUAAUAAUUUUAGGGGGACUGAAAAUGAAGUUUUGUUACUCCAUUUUGUUAUCAACAAUGGGAGUCUCUUACAAAGGAUCAAUAUCAACUUGCAAAAGGAUGAGGUUGAGAUGGGGGAAAAUUAUGGUAAUGUCAAAGAAUUUGUGAUGAACAUUCCAAGGGCUUCAAGAGAUUUAGAAAUAUCUUUUUCUUACUGA